UAUAAAAAAUUAAAAAUGGAAGUAAAACUUAGGUCAGUCAUCACCUCUACACUCAUCCUAGUAGGUAUACUACUCACAGUAAAAUUACUAAAAUGGGCGUGGCUGAGGCCGAGGAAGCUGGAGAAACUUCUCCGGGAACAAGGUCUCAACGGCAACCCAUACAAACUCCUGAUCGGAGACAUGAAACAGUUGAUCACAGUAAUGAAAACAGAGCAGCCCAAGGCGGUGAAGCUCUCCGACCCCAUACCGCCUCAUAUCCUUCCAUUCUACACCCAAAUCAUUCACAAAUACGGAGCGCGUUCCUUCACAUGGUUUGGAGCUGCGCCGAGGAUUAACAUCUCCGAUCCGGAGCUGAUGAAGGAGAUCCUCACGAAACCUAGCGUGUUCCAGAAGCCACGCCCCGAUCCGAUUGGGGAGACGAUCGUGGGAGGACUUCUGUUUCUCGAAGACGCGCAAUGGGCUAUGCACAGAAAGAUCAUCAACGCCGCUUUCCAUAUCGACAAGCUGAAAAAGAUGAUACCCGCAAUGUAUAUAUGUUGUUCGGAGAUGAUAGAGAAAUGGGGAGCCUUGGUUUGUAGAAAUGGAAAGCAAGCGGAAAUCGACGUUUGGCCUUACCUCGAAGAUUUAUCGGGUGAUGUGAUUUCGCGGACUGCGUUCGGGUGCAGUGAUCAUGAGCAAGGAAGAAGGAUAUUUGAGUUACAGAAAGAGCAAGUUAAGCUUGUUUUGCAGCUGCUGCAGUUCUCUUUCGUCCCCGGAUGGAGGCACUUCCCCACCAAAAGCAACAGAAGAAUGAGAGCUGUGACGAGAGAGAUUGAGUCCGUGGUGAAGGGCAUCAUCACGCAAAGAGAGAGAGCAACGGAGAGGGGAGAAAGCAUCCAUGAUGACUUACUAGGCAUAUUAAUGGAAUCGAAUGUCAAAGAAAUUCAACGAGGGAAGAAGAUGGGGAUGAGCAUCAACGAUGUGAUCGAGGAAUGCAAGCUGUUCUAUUUCGCCGGAUCCGAGACCACGUCGAAUUUGCUGGUGUGGACGUUGGUGAUGCUGAGCAAACAUCAACACUGGCAAGAUCGUGCGAGGGAGGAGGUUUUGCAUGUUUUGGGAAACAAUCCACCUACUUUCGAUGCCCUCAACCAGCUUAAAACGGUGACUAUGAUUUUCCAGGAAGUUCUGAGGAUGUAUCCGCCGGCACCGUUGAUCAUCCGAGCGCCUACGAAGACGGUGAAGCUGGGAAGCAUGAUAGUGCCGGUGGGGGCAGAGUUAACUCUACUCAUAGGGCUAAUGCAUCACGAUCCGGAGAUAUGGGGUGACGAUGUGAACGAAUUCAAACCGGAGAGAUUUGGUCAAGGGAUUUCGAGUGCAGCUAAGAUCAACUUCGCCUUCUUGCCGUUCAGCUCUGGCCCUCGCGUCUGCAUCGGCCAAAACUUCGCGAUGAUGGAGGCGAAAAUGGCGUUGGCGGUGAUGCUGCAGAGUUUCCGGUUCGAAUUGUCGUCUUCUUACAAGCAUGCACCAUUUCCGAUCAUGACGCUGCAGCCACAGUAUGGUGCUCCUUUGAUUUUGCAUAAGCUAUAAUUCACCCACUUCUUAUUGUACUAUAUUUCCAGAGGGCAGAACAAUUUUAGACGCAGACGAGACGAUAAACUAGGAAUCCCCAAAUGUUCAAUCUAAUAAAAUCCAA